AUGCCCCGACUUUCAAAAGCAAAGAGCAGGAGCUCCACGCCCUCAGGUGUGGAGAUAUGCGUUCCUAGCCCCUCAGUUAAGAAAAGGAAAAUGGCGUCUGGCCUUCAAACUAAGAGCCCCAAGAAACCGCGUCAAACCAAGAAGGGUCACCAGGAUAUACUAACACAGAAAGUAGCCACCGAGGAACCCAAUGAGGUUUUACUGGACCUUGGUGAGAAAGUCGCAACUGGUAGAAAUUCACGAAGAAACCCACAGGCCAUGGCAACGCGUUCAGCUGUUGCCAGAAAAAGCCAGGCUUUGUCUAGCCCUACAGUGACUACAACCAUGGAGGGCCAGUCUUCAUCUGGCCCGGUGCCAAAAACCAUGUCCACAUACCUGACUGGUGGCAGAAAGAGCCAAUCUUCACCAUGCCUAAUGACCAGAGCCAUGGCUACACGCUUGUCCAUCGCCAGAAAAAGCCAGCCUUUGUCUAGACCAGUGACUACAACCAUGGACGAAUGUUCGUCUGUUGACAGAAAGGGCCAGUCUUCGUCUGGCCCGGUGCCAAAAACCAGGUCCACGUACUUGACUGGUGGCAGAAAGGGCCAAUCUUCACCAUGCCUAACGACCAGAGCCAUGGCUACGCGCUUGUCCGUUGCCAGAAAAAGUCAGUCCUCAACUGGUCCAGUAACCAACUGGUCGCAGUUGGCUGUUACCAACAAAGGUCAAUCUUCAUCUUGCCCCAUGACCACAGACCUGGCCCCACCUUUAACUAUUGCUACUACAGGACAAUCUCCAUCAGGGGAUACAAGUAACAUAAAACAAACAGUUACAGAAACGACUAACAAGGAGACAAGUGCUCCAGAAAAACCUGAUGAGAACAGGCCAAGAUGUACUGGCAAGAGAAGGCCUUCUGAAAGGCGUUUCAGUGUAAGGCUGGUGGAGAGUUCCUCCAGAUUCAGAGAUAUCGUGGUGAGGAAGCAAGAUGGCUUCACCCACAUCUUGUUAUCCACAAAAUCAUCAGAAAAUAACUCACUAAAUCUAGAAGUGAUGAAACAACUUCAGGAUGCUCUCAACAAGGCUGCUGUUGAUGACAGCAAGCUGGUACUUCUCAGCGCAAUUGGCAAUGUCUUCUGCUUUGGACUGGACUUUACUUAUUUUAUACAGCGCCUCACAGCGAACAAGAAAAGAGAAAGGGCUAAAAUGGCAGAAUCGAUCAAAAAUUUUGUGAAUACGUUCAUUCAGUUUAAGAAGCCUAUUAUUGCAGCAGUCAAUGGCCCAGCCCUUGGCCUGGGAGCAUCUAUACUGCCUCUUUGUGAUGUGGUUUGGGCUAAUGAAAAGGCUUGGUUUCAAACCCCCUAUACCACCUUUGGACAGAGUCCAGAUGGCUGUUCCAGCUUUACAUUUCCCAAUACUAUGGGAGAAGCCUCUGCAAAUGCAAUGUUGCUCAGUGGGCAGAAACUGACAGCACAGGAAGCUUGUAAGAAGGGCCUGGUCUCCCAGGUAUUUUGGCCACAGACCUUCAGCCAGGAAGUCAUGAUUCGAAUCAAGGAGCUCGCCUCAUGUAAUGCAGUUGUCCUGGAAGAGUCCAAAGCCCUACUGCGCUUUACCACCAAGAUGAAGUUGGAGGAGGCCAUUGAGAGGGAGUGCAAAGUGCUGGAAAAUAUUUGGGGCUCUGCAGAGGGGAUAGAGGCCAUGUUAAAAUACUUGCAGAAAAAAAUCGAGUACUGA